AUGCGCAGCGGGAGCAGCGCGGCGGCCCGGGCGUUUCGAUACAAGCGGCGAGUUUAUGCCCAGAACCUCAUUGAUGAUAAGCAGUUUGCAAAGCUUCACACUAAGGCAAACUUGAAGAAGUUCAUGGACUAUGUUCAGCUACACAGCACGGACAAGGUGGCGCGCCUGCUGGACAAGGGGCUGGACCCCAAUUUCCAUGACCCUGACUCAGGAGAGUGCCCUCUGAGCCUCGCGGCCCAGCUGGACAAUGCCACAGACUUGCUGAAGGUGCUGAGGAAUGGCGGCGCUCACCUGGACUUCCGCACGCGUGACGGGCUCACUGCUGUGCACUGUGCCACACGCCAGCGGAAUGCGGCAGCAUUGACGACCCUGCUGGACCUGGGGGCUUCACCCAACUACAAGGACAGCCGCGGCCUGACACCCCUGUAUCACAGCGCCCUGGGGGGUGGGGAUGCCCUCUGCUGUGAGCUGCUUCUCCACGACCAUGCUCAGUUGGGGACCACCGAUGAGAAUGGCUGGCAGGAGAUCCACCAGGCCUGCCGCUUCGGGCACGUACAGCACCUGGAGCACCUGCUCUUCUACGGAGCCAACAUGGGGGCCCAGAACGCCUCGGGGAACACAGCCCUGCACAUCUGUGCCCUCUACAACCAGGAGAGCUGUGCCCGUGUCCUGCUUUUCCGUGGUGCCAACAAGGACGUCCGCAAUUACAACAGCCAGACAGCCUUCCAGGUGGCCAUCAUUGCAGGGAACUUUGAGCUUGCGGAGGUCAUCAAGACGCAUAAAGAUUCGGAUGUUGUACCGUUCAGAGAAACUCCCAGCUAUGCGAAGCGGCGGCGACUGGCUGGCCCCAGUGGCUUGGCAUCCCCUCGGCCCCUGCAGCGCUCAGCCAGUGACAUCAACCUGAAGGGUGAGGCGCAGCCCGCAGCUUCUCCUGGGCCCUCACUGCGAAGCCUCCCCCACCAGCUGCUGCUCCAGCGGCUACAGGAGGAGAAGGAUCGCGACCGGGACGGUGACCAGGAGAACGACAUCAGUGGCCCCUUAGCAGGCAGGGGCAGCCAGAGCAAGAUCAGGUAGGAGAAACUGGGAGGCCCUGGAGGGAUCGAGGCAGGUGGGGCACCAGGACCUGAGCCAGCUUCCCCAGCCCCCUUCCCUGCCCUCCCCCCGUCCGACCCACGNCGGAAACUUUACAGCGCCGUCCCCGGCCGCAAGUUCAUCGCGGUGAAGGCGCACAGCCCGCAGGGCGACGGCGAGAUCCCGCUGCACCGCGGCGAGGCCGUGAAGGUGCUCAGCAUUGGAGAGGGCGGUUUCUGGGAGGGGACCGUGAAAGGCCGCACGGGCUGGUUCCCAGCUGACUGCGUGGAGGAGGUGCAGAUGAGACAGUAUGACACACGGCAUGAAACCCGGGAGGACCGGACGAAGCGGCUUUUCCGCCACUACACAGUGGGCUCUUAUGACAGCCUCUCUUCACACAGCGAUUAUGUCAUUGAUGACAAAGUGGCUGUCCUGCAGAAACGGGACCAUGAGGGCUUCGGUUUUGUGCUCCGAGGGGCCAAAGCAGAGACCCCCAUCGAGGAGUUCACACCCACGCCGGCCUUCCCUGCGCUGCAGUACCUCGAGUCGGUGGAUGUGGAGGGCGUGGCCUGGAGGGCCGGGCUGCGCACCGGGGACUUCCUCAUUGAGGUGAAUGGGGUGAACGUGGUGAAGGUUGGACACAAGCAGGUGGUGGCUCUGAUCCGCCAGGGUGGCAACCGCCUUGUCAUGAAGGUUGUGUCUGUGACAAGGAAGCCGGAAGAGGACGGGGCUCGGCGCAGAGCCCCACCGCCCCCCAAGAGGGCCCCCAGCACCACGCUGACUCUGCGCUCCAAGUCUAUGACCGCUGAACUCGAGGAACUUGCCUCCAUUCGGAGAAGAAAAGGGGAGAAGCUGGAUGAGAUCCUGGCAGCUGCUGCAGAGCCAACGCUGAGGCCAGACAUCGCGGACGCUGACUCCAGAGCCGCUACUGUCAAACAGCGGCCCACCAGCCGGAGGAUCACCCCCGCUGAGAUCAGCUCAUUGUUUGAACGCCAGGGCCUUCCAGGCCCAGAGAAGCUGCCAGGCUCCCUGCGGAAGGGGAUUCCACGGACCAAGUCUGUAGGUAUGGCCGGGCUGUGGGGCUGCAUGGGGCUGGGGCUGGGUGGAUGUGGCUCAGGGGACCUACCUCUCCCUACCCCCAACUGGGGCCACCAGCUUCUGUCUGAGUCCCACCUCUCCCUGGCCCCAGCCCAGGGCCUUGAGCCUCUCAACGGGGGCUGCCAGCUCCAACUCACUGGUUCCGCCUGCAUUGUCCUGUGCUCCGCCGCGCCCGUGCACAGCCCUGACGCCGACCGCCCUGGACCCCUGUUCGUGGACGUGCAGGCCCGGGAGGCGGAGCGAGGGCCCCUGGCCUCCCCAGCCUUCUCCCCUCGGAGCCCGGCCUGGAUUCCCGUGCCCGCUCGCCGGGAGACGGAGAAGGCGCCCCGAGAGGAGCGGAAGGCCCCUGAAGACAAGAAGUCCAUGAUCCUCAGUGUCCUGGACACGUCCCUGCAGCGGCCAGCGGGCCUUAUUGUCGUGCACGCCACCAGCAACGGGCAGGAGCCCGGCAGGCUGGCGGUGGAGGAGCAGCGCGCAGGCACCCCGGAGCUGGCCCCGGCCACUGUGCAGUCCGCGGCGGGGGCAGAGCCGCUGCCCAGCCCCCGGGCCCAGCCCCCCGGCAGCUCCCCAGCAGAGCCAGGACCAGGCCAGGGCAGCUCGGAGGAGGAGCCGGAGCUGGUGUUUGCUGUGAACCUGCCGCCCGCCCAGCUGUCCUCCAGUGAUGAGGAGACCAGGGAGGAGCUGGCCCGCAUUGGGCUGGUGCCACCCCCUGAAGAGUUUGCCAAUGGGAUCCUGGUGGCCACCCCACUCCCCGGCCCGGGCCCCUCACCCACCACGGUGCCCAGCCCGGCCUCAGGGAAGCCCGGCACUGAGCCACCCCCUGCCCCUGAGUCUGCAGCUGACUCCGGGGUGGAGGAGGCUGACACACGCAGCUCCAGUGACCCCCACCUGGAGACCACGAGCACCAUCUCCACGGUGUCCAGCAUGUCCACGUUGAGCUCGGAGAGUGGGGAGCUCACCGACACCCACACCUCCUUCGCCGAUGGACACACUUUUCUACUCGAGAAGCCACCAGUGCCUCCCAAGCCCAAGCUCAAGUCCCCGCUGGGGAAGGGGCCGGUGACCUUCAGGGACCCGCUGCUGAAACAGUCCUCGGACAGCGAGCUCAUGGCCCAGCAGCACCACGCCGCCUCUGCCGGGCUGGCCUCUGCCGCCGGGCCUGCCCGCCCUCGCUACCUCUUCCAGAGAAGGUCCAAGCUAUGGGGGGACCCCGUGGAGAGCCGGGGGCUCCCUGGGCCUGAAGACGACAAACCAACUGUGAUCAGUGAGCUCAGCUCCCGCCUGCAGCAGCUGAACAAAGACACGCGCUCCCUGGGGGAGGAACCGGUUGGCGGCCUGGGCGGCCUGCUGGACCCUGCCAAGAAGUCACCCAUCGCAGCAGCUCGGCUCUUCAGCAGCCUCGGUGAGCUGAGCUCCAUCUCAGCGCAGCGCAGCCCGGGUGGCCCUGGGGGUGGGGGCAGGGCCCUGACACCGCCCCCAGCCAUCUUCCUCACAGGGGCCCUCCCCGAGGAGGGGUGCGGCCCGCCCCCCACGCCCUUGGGCACCUAUGGCAGGGAAGCCUCCCUGCCUUGGACCCCGAAGUCUCCGGUUCCCGCCCUGUGUGUGUGCUCGCGUGUGUGCGUGGGUGAAAGUGGGUGCACUGAGCACGUGGCGCCCUGCGUGUGCCUGAGUGCUGAGCGGGCCCAGGGGCCACUUGGGCCGGUGGGUGUGUCGGGGCUGCGGGAGCAGACGCGGUCUCACUGCAUUCCUGCGGUCCCCGAGGCCACCACAGUGCUCUACAGCCGCACCUCCGCCCAUGCCCACCUCCUCCUGCCUGGGUCACCCAUCCUGUGCCAGCUUAAAGCCUAUGUGCCCUCGGAGGCCGAGCUCUCGGUCCCUUCUUCCAGGAAGCCUCCCUGA